AUGCCGCACGCGCAAAAUGGAGCCCGUACGAGAAACAUCAACGGAAUAAAUGGUAUAGGAAAACCACUUAAGCUUCAAAUAUCAGAUAAAAAGUCAAACGGCAUAUUAACACCUACUUCUAAUGGAGCACUAUCGCCAAAUUCCAAUGGGCCUCUCUCACCACCCAUUUUGGAUGCGACUCCAAAGAAACCGCCUAAAGCACCGCCAAGUCGGCCCAUUCUGCCAGCGAAAAAGUCUAAAACGCUGCCGAUUAACCUUGAAGAAAAAGUACCGCCGAAAGUUUCGACGAGCAUCAUCAGUGGUAAAAAACUUUUGAUUACCAAGCCCUUGAAAGAAGUGCAAACGAUUCAACAGAAUACUCCUGAAAAUGGAAAACUGUUACUGACUCGUCCACCAAGUCCCUCAUACAAGAGGACCAUGUCAUUGUCAGUAGAAACAGGGUCUAUCGCGGAGCUUGCAAAAAGGCACGGAACGAACGGCAGUAUUCUAGUAUCCCGUUCACCAAGUCCAUCGUCUUAUAGUAGUAUAAGGAGUUCAACAAGUCAAUAUUCAACAUGCAGUAGCAAUGGCACCUUCGUACCUUUAUCUAGAUCGUCCAGCAUGAACUCAACAUUGUACGAUAGAACCCCAACGCCUCGUAGAAUGUAUCCGCAGUCUUGUGAAAACAUCAAUGGUGUUGAUUUGAAAGAACUAAGAUCUAAAGAACAGUCUCCAGUUGUGUUUGAUGCUAAUCUAUCUUUUGUACUGGGAUGCAAUAAGCAGCCGAUUCGGCAAAAGUUUAAGCCGGUAGCUGCUCAUUUAGAAGAAGGGACGUCUUCCAACUAUUUAAGCAAUAAAAUCGAUAAUUUUCUCAAAAGAACCGAUCAUGUUAUGGACGAAUGGCGUAGGCUAGGACACAAGGAUGAACCAGAUUUAGAUAAAUACUGCGGUGGUCAGAAGAAAAGGAUUGGUAGAUCCAAAUCAGCAACUAAUAUCAUGAUUAAAGGAUUUACAUUAUUUAGCCGCAGUGGUAGUAGAGCGAGUAGUGUUUGCAGAUCUAACCGAGAAAUUUCUGAAGACAGAACAACCGUCUCUGAAAUGGACGAGCUAUCAGAAUUGGGCGGUGAGUUAGCAGAGGAACGCGCGGCGGCCGCUUUAGCGACUGAGCGAGCUGACGCCGAAGCGGCUGAGAGGCUGAGAAUUGAGAGGGACAAUAGGGAUUUGGUUGCUAAUAAUCAGCGGCUCCAGCAGGCAUCCGAACGUCUGGAACUAGAGCUUCUUCACUGGCGCUCGGCGGAGAACGGAGUAGAACCUUCCGACUCCGAGGGUUCAGAGGCGGAAAGUGGAAUUGGCAGCGAGAAAUACAAGCGUCGGUACGAACAGGCUCACAGAGAGUUGCAACUACUGCGUGCACAACUUCGACGGCAGCACGAGGAUGACUUGGAGCAGCUUGUCACAGUUAAGAAGCAACUCGAGAAGAAGGUACAAGAUGCCUACGAAGAAGUCGAGGAGCAGCGCGCUGUUGCCGCCAGUUGGAAACGUAAACUGCAGAAACUCACCAACGAUAUGGCCGACCUAAGAUCUCUACUCGACGAACAGACAUGCCGCAACAAUCUGCUGGAGAAGCGUCAGCGGAAGUUCGACGCGGAGCUUCAAGCGGCCAAUGAGGAACUGAAGCGCGAGCGAGCGAGCCGCGAACGACACGCGCGCGAACGCGACCAAGCGCUCGCAGACAAGUACGCACUCGAGCAGAGCCUCUCUGAAGCUCGGCUGGAGCUCGAGCUGAAGGAGGAGCGUUUGGCUGCCGCGAGCCGCGAGCUGGAGGAGCGCGGCGGCGGCGGCGACGAGCUGGCCGCGCUGCGCCGCGCGCGCGCCGACCUCGAGCGCCGCGCGCGCGACCAGGAGGAGGAGCUCGACGACCUCGCCGGACAGAUACAGCUUUUGGAGAGCUCGAAGCUGAGAUUAGAGAUGCUCCUAGAGCAACAACGAAAAGAAGCAAGGCUAGAAGCUGCCGCGCGAGACGACGAAAUGGAAGAAACAAGAGCAAACGCCGCCAAGAAACUCAAAAUGCUGGAAAGUCAGUUAGAGAGUGAACACGCAGAGAGAAGUCUACUAUUGCGGGAGAGACACGAACUGGAGAGGAGAUUGGCCGCACUGGAAGAGACCGCACGCGCUGAGAAUCAGGAACAGGCGCAACUUGUUCAGCGGCUCAAGAGGGAUCUCAAGAGGUAUCGAGCUUUGCUCCGAGAUGCUCAGACGAUGCUAGAGCAAAAAGAAAAAGAGGGUGGUGCCAAAGCACAGAUAAGACAAUUGAAAAAUCAGGUGGAGGACCUGGAGCUGGCAGUGCGUGCGGCGACCAAGGCGCGCGCGACGGCGGAAGCGGAGGCAGCGGAGGCCAGCGCCGCGCUGGAGGAGGCGACGCGUGCGCGCCACGACGCGCAUGAGCGCGCGCUGGCAGCAGCGCGCGACGCACAGACCGCGCGCGCCGCGCUCGAUGAUGCAGAGGAGGAGGCUGCAGAGCUGCUGAAGAAGUACCGCAGCUGCAGCACCGCGCUGUGCGCGGCGCAGGCGGAGGCGCGCGAGGCAGUAGCGCGCAGCGACGCAGCAGCAGAGGAGGCGCGCCAGGCGCGGGAGCGCCUCGCCGAACUGGCGCAGCGCCUCGCGCACGCCGAGGCCGGCCACUCGCACGGCCACAGCGAGGCCGAGCGCCGCCUCGAGCUGCGCAACAAGGAACUGGAGUCGUGCGUGGAGCUGGAGGCGACGGCGCGCGGGCGGCUGGAGGGACAGCUGGCGCGCUUGCGUGACGCGCACGACGCGUUGGCGGCCGAGCUGGCGGCAGCGCGUGCGCGCGACGCGAGCCACGCGGACGAGCUGCGCAAGCUGCAGCGCACCAUCAGAGAGCUUAAGGAGGAGAACGCGGCACUGACAGCGAAGCUAGGCGAGGUAUCGCGUGCACGAGCGGCGGCCGAGGCGGCGGCGGCGGCAGCGGCGAGCGAGGCGGCGGCCGCGCGCGACGAGGCGCGGCUCGCCGCGCGCCGCGUGCACGCGCUGCAGGAGGCCAUCGCCGGCGACCUCUCCAGCAACAACGAGCGCGACUCCGACAGCGACAACGACAGCUACAGUUCUGACGAGUCAAUAGGCACAUUCCUGGCGAAUCACAAGCUCAGUCCAUCUGUACCAUCAAGAAAUAGUGUGCAGCUUGAUUCACAAAAGUAA